AUAUAUAAAACAUCCCCAACUCAUUCCUUCUACUUUGUUUCUUAGAAGCGUUUUUUGUGAAAUCAUGAGCUCUCCAAUAAAAUCAUCAAACUUAGUUCAAUCUGGAUCCAAUAUCAUUAACCAAAAAACAGUAGAAAAAAUUAUGAUGCCUUCAGCUAAACCUAACACCUUCAACAAAAAUAGUGUCAGCCACGGCCAUCCAACCACCACAUUCCGCCGGUGGCGCCAGAAAAUAUCAUUCCGGAAGAAGAGGCUGCCGAUGGUGCGACUAGGCGGAGAGAAGAAACCCCGCCGUGGAUUCAUACUUGUUAAGCUUUUCCGACGAGUCAAACUGAAGUGCAUCCUCAAGAAGUUGAAACAAUAUUAUCGUUCUUUGGUGAAACAUAUAGUAGACGGCGGCGGUGCAUUGGAGUCUCUUCGGCAGCGCCUAAUUUUGGAGACAUCUUUUGCUGUUCCUGUUAUGGGACUUUCCUUCAAUACUUUUCCCAGCCAUUAUUAAUGGAUUUAGGGUGAGUUUUGUGGCUUCUAGUUGAACUAUUGCUUUCAACUCGAACUACGAUAUAUAUAUAUAUAUGCAUGAAAUGUAAAACAUAUGUAUAUAUAUUCAGGAUUUCGAUUUGAUUGGGUACAUUCUCAUCAUUAGACGUAAUGAUUGGUUCAGAUUUUACGCUUUCCGUCCUAAUUUAUAUGGUAUAGUAUAAAUUCUGAUGGUCAAAUGAGCUUUUCUUUGACGGCAUUGUUCAUGUGCUGUGGCUUAUACUUUUUUCAUAAUUUAAAAAUAUGCAAAAUUUAAUUCAAAAAACUUAAAGAUUUUAUCUCAGAAUUCACCAUCAAA